GCGCGCCCUGUACAGUACAAGAGCGAGAGGAGGGAGGAGCAAUAGUAUUUCUCUUGAUUUCCUACCCCUUGUCGUGGCAGCCAACGAACACGACCGGAGGAGCACUUUUUUCCGCACAUACCAAGGAAAAUCCACAAUAACAAGCUCGCAGUGAAUUCGCUAAAGAGCAACACAGGAACUGCAUGAAACAUUAAUUUGACGGCACGCUGCACCCUGCGAAGGAAUUAGCUCGAAUAUCCCCUAACUGUGCAGUGUGUAUAGGCGGCUGCUACUACUACUUGCACCGGAUUGAGGGGCAGCCCUGGACGUUGCCAGCUCCGUUUUCUGUCCCGAAAGGUUCCAGUCUGCGUCUUCGGCGACCGAAGAGACCGGUGCAGUUUGAUGUACCAGCGCUGGGAUCUGUACACGUCGGUUCAAGCGGGGAACACUUGGACGAGGCUACACCUUGAGGUGCGGACAAACUGGACUGAGAAAGUAAACGUCCUGCCAGAUCUCCCUUCUGCCCGUACUCCCAACACAGGGCGGUGGCCAGCAGUUGCAGCAGAGGUCCUCCCCACAGUCGCAGCCAGUAGCCGGCGGGGCCAGAGGAAACCAUUACCCAGACACAACACACCACCGCCACCACCAACAGCACUCUGGCAUUUCUCCCUCCACCUCUCUCCACAUCCAUCGCUGUUGUUCAUAGGGCUCUCUAGCCGCAGGAGGUAACGCUCCCUACCUCUCCUCUCCCCGUAUUCUCCAGAGAUCGUAAUCACGAUUUGGGCCUUCUCUUAUUACAUCAUCACUCAGCGCCAGCCGCAGGGAAGAAAGGGUCUAGGGUUCUACAGCCGGUGACCUCAUAAUCAGAGGGAGAGGGCGGCUCUGCUGACUGCCCCGCCCCGGGCCAUGGCUGAGUGACGGCUCGGCUCGGCGAAUGACAAGCGCGUGUCCGAGGGUGGGGCCCGCCUCAGUCUCACAUGAUUGGCUGCUGGAUGGAAUUAAGGUGAAUGGAACACAUGUCCAACGAGCAGGACUCUAACCUAUCGGAAGGGGAAGAGAAACGGUGGCUCGAUGGCCCGAAAAGGAAGAGAAAGAAUAGUCAAUGUUCGAUGAAGAGCAUGUCUGCAGGGUACAUCCCCAGCUACCUAGAGAAGGAUGAGCCCUGCGUGGUGUGUGGAGACAAGGCCACCGGAUACCACUACCGCUGUAUCACCUGCGAGGGCUGCAAGGGGUUUUUCCGUCGCACCAUCCAGAAGAACUUGCACCCCUCCUACUCCUGCAAGUACGAUGGCUGCUGCAUCAUCGACAAGAUCACGCGCAACCAGUGCCAGCUGUGUCGCUUCAAGAAGUGCAUCGCCGUUGGCAUGGCCAUGGACUUGGUGUUGGACGAGGCCAAGCGCACGGCCAAGCGGCGGCUGAUCGAGGAGAACCGGGAGAAGCGCAAGAAGGAGGAGAUGGUGAAGACGCUGCAGAACCGGCCCGAGCCCACCAGCUCCGAGUGGGAGCUCAUCCGCCUGGUGACGGACGCCCACCGCCACACCAACGCCGCACAGGGCUCGCACUGGAAGCAGAAGCGCAAGUUCCUGCCAGAGGACAUCGGCCAGUCCCCGGUGGCGCCCACGUCGGACGGGGACAAGGUGGACUUGGAGGCCUUCAGCGAGUUCACCAAGAUCAUCACGCCCGCCAUCACGCGCGUCGUCGACUUUGCCAAAAAAUUGCCCAUGUUCUCAGAGCUGCCUUGUGAAGACCAGAUCAUCCUGCUGAAGGGCUGCUGCAUGGAGAUCAUGUCGCUGCGGGCGGCGGUGCGCUACGACCCCGAGAGCGAGACGCUGACGCUGAGCGGCGAGAUGGCCGUCAAGCGGGAGCAGCUGAAGAACGGAGGCCUGGGCGUGGUGUCGGACGCCAUCUUUGACCUGGGCAAGAGCCUGGCGCAGUUCAACCUGGACGACACGGAGGUGGCCCUGCUUCAGGCCGUGCUGCUCAUGAGCUCAGACCGCUCGGGUCUGACGUGUGUGGACAAGAUCGAGAAGUGCCAGGAGAUGUACCUGCUGGCGUUCGAGCACUACAUCAACUACCGCAAGCACAACAUUCCCCACUUCUGGCCCAAGCUGCUGAUGAAGGUGACGGACCUGCGCAUGAUCGGGGCCUGCCACGCCAGCCGCUUCCUGCACAUGAAGGUGGAGUGCCCCAACGAGCUCUUCCCACCACUCUUCCUGGAGGUCUUCGAGGACCAGGAGGUGUGAGGACAAGGAGGAGGAGGAGUAGGGGACAGAGUUGGAGGAGCACUAUGGGGGGCAGAAGGGAUGGGAGAAUACGGAAGAUGUGGGGAUGAUGCAGUUGAGUUUGUGCUUUAACGAGAAGGAUGGAUGGCUGGAUGGAGGGAUGGAAGAAAGUAGAUGGAGCAACAGAGACGGCAGGCUGGCGGUUGGACGGGAGGGAGCAAGGAUUGGCGAGUGGAGGGAGAAGUCCUGUCAAUUGUCUUUGAGACACAGACGCAUGGAUGGAUGGAUGGAGCCUCAAAUGCCCCCAAACAUCAGGUGCACGAUGAGAUGAGACUUGGCUCUUCAAGAACCGUUGGCCGACUGAUCUCCCAAACCCCCUCCAUCGUUCCUCCCCUCCUUUGGCCCUCCUUUGCCCUCGCCCUCGUCCCUACCGCCACUGGCUAUCACCGCCGCCGACGCCACCACCCACCGCCCACCAUCGCUUUUUUAUUGCCUUGUUUUGUUUUUGUUUUUUCCAUGUUGUUUUUGGAAGAAGAGUGAAUAUAGCACCAUCUGAGCUGGUCCUCCUCCACUGCUCGUUUCUUUCAAGCAGACAACACCACCAGCAGCAGCACCACGACUGGAGGAGGAGAUUGUGAUCAAAGAGAUGGAGGAGUGGUUGGGGUUGAUCAAGGAUCGAGGGUCAUCGCCAGCUUGUGCGCCUGUGUCAUGUAUUUGUUUUGUUUUAUUUUGCAAACAAAAAUGGCUUUGUUAUUUUUUUGUUGAUUUCAUUUUUUGUUUGUUUUGUUCUGUUUUUUGGGGGAUGGGGUGGGGGGGUGGUUUGGUUCAGAUGUUAAGUCCUCAACUUCUCCAUCACCUGACCCCAAGCCCCCACAACAACCGCACCUCAAAGCUUCCCAAACCUCCCCCCCUCAAAUGCAACUACCCUCCAGCCCAAACCCCCAACCCGAACCCAACCAAGCCCCCCAUCCUCCUCACCUUCACCCUCUUCAGCACCGCACUGCUUCAUCACCUCAAAUGCUUAGACACAGAUACAGUAAUAGUAUGCUGGCCCUUCUGUUUCUGCCUCGUCUUAUUCUGACAAGACAGUCUACCUUUCCUGCCUCCGUACACCUCGACGUAUGGGCACACACAUACACUCAAUACACACACUCAACAACGACGGCAAAACAACAUGUGUGGUUCCUGCACUCACUAAACACACAGUCACACACAAACACACUUACAGGUAAACACAUGACCUCUUAUAUUUCUGUAUAAAAACGUCUCGGACCGUUGAUGGAGGCUGGCCUUCCUUUCUGAAUGACAGGAAAUUAUUUCAGCGCCAGCUUUUAUUAUGAAACGUUUCUUUUUUUGGUUAUUUUGUUGUUGUUUUAUGUCCUGGUCGUUGUAUUGGCUCUCAGCUGUAGAAGCUGCGAGGUGAUUUGCUACCUUACCUGCCCGUCACAAGACAAACCUGUAAGAUCUAAAAGAAACUGGUGUAGUUGUAUUUCUUUGUAUAUGUAUCUUCUUCAGCAUUACAGUUGUCAGGCUGGGUCGCUUUGUUUUUUUGUUUUUUUUAAUAAUAUCCAGAAUAUUUUUAAAGCAAAUCUGCCGGCGACGAUGGUUGUCGACGAAAGGCAGAAACCACCAAUACACUCAAGUGGGAAUUAUUUGUUCCCCCCUUCCGUUUGAUAUUUCGGUUUUAGUUUUGUUUUUAUCUCGUCAUCUUCUCUCUCUGGAAGCAUUUUUUGUUUUUGUUUUGAUUAUUUUAAAAUUUUAUAGUUUUUGUUUUCUUUAAAAAAAAAAAAAAAAACUCAAGUUAAAAACGACGGACAGACCUCAUUACGCCUAUUCUCUCUGUGCUAUUGAGAACCUGAGCCUCUCAUACAGACACAAACACACACACACACACACACAAACACACACUGGAGCGAGAGGAGGACGUUUUCUUAAUACAAUACCAAACCCUGGUGCUAUGUUGGACUUUUAUUUUGUUUUUUUUGUUUGUUUUUUUUGUGUAUUUGAAGUGAAGCGGGAGAGCGAGGUGUCAUAGUCAUGGAAAGGGGGGGUUCUCAGGAGGUUGUCCUGGGGGAGCAGAAGGGGGUCAGUCUAAACCCUGCACCCCACCCACCCCAAAUUUCACCUCCACCUCAAAGAUCCCCCUAUCCAAAACCCACUUCCUCUCAGUAUCCCAGACCGUUCCAAAAACUCUGGGUCUCAACUUUUUUAUUAUUAUUAUGUUUCCAGGAAAAAAAAAGAAAAACUACCUGAGGCACACAUAUACAUAUGAGAACACACACACGCACGCACGCACACACACACGCAUAGAUGAAAAAGCAGUGCAACCUCAUACCUUUUGUGUGUGGUUCUGCCCUGUCAUUGCCUCUGCUUCCUCUGCCAACCCCUUAGAGCUCUCUCUCUCUCUCCCUUGAAUGACAAUUGAGUCCUUUCUCAGAAAAGUCACUGCAGAGGAUAGAAAAGGUGGAAAGAGAGCAAGAGAGAGAAAGAGAAAGAAAGGAAAAAAGAGUGUGAGAGAGUGGUGGUCGGAUAACAAGGAGAGCAAAAAAAGAGAAGCUCUGUGAAUAAGGGGGAGAGUGAAAGCGAGACCCAACUUAAAAAAAAAAAACCUGGAUAAUGGGCUUCUUCAGUAACCCGGCAACUUCUAAAAGAAUCCAGGUCCAGCCUUUGACCACACACUGCACUCUCAAACACACACACACACACACACACACACACACACACACACACACACACACACACACACACACACACACACACACACACACACACACAGUACAGACAGACCUCCUCAGUGCGCAGACUAUCUGAUCAGCACUGAUUAGCAUUAGCACAUUAGCAUAAGGACAGGCUAGCCAAGAGCGCCCUCCUCAAAACACACACACACACACCUCAGAAGAAAACACACACACAAUAACAAACACACCUCAGAAGAAAUAUAGACGAAGAGAAAAAAAAACAGAAUAACUCAAACGCCUCAUAUUGAACUGUAUAACGUACAGCCCUUCAAUUCAGGGUUCUGUGACUUUUUUUGAAUUAUUUUUUAUUUUUUAUUUUGUUUAUUUUCUUUGUCAAAAUCCUCUACGCUCCGCAGUCUCUGCUGCCUUGGUAAUACACACACAGAUACAGACAGACACCCACACACAUACUCACACAUGCACUUACACACAGACAGACACACACACACACACACACACACACACACACACACACACACACACACACACACACACACACACACACACACACACACACACACACACACACACACACACCAAUGAGCAGUCAGGGCUGCAGGAAUGGCCAUCACACUUACCUCAACCGUGGGCACACCUCCAGCUGUGGCUUCGAAACUGCCUCUGUGCUAACAGGCUCUACCUCACCUCUGGACACAGGGCAGCCCACCACAGCCUCUUCCCACACACACACACACACACACACACACACACACACACACACACACACACACACACACACACACACACACACACACACACACACACACACACAUUGAGACACAUGCAGCAUGCACACAUACAAGUACACAUUCGGUUACGCUCAGUGUUCAGUUCACACACUUGUGCACGUGCACACACACACACACACACACACACACACACACACACACACACACACACACACACACACACACACACACACACACACACACACACACACACACACGUCAGCCCUGCCUCACACAGAUUUGGUAAUAUGCCACUGCAGACAGGAGGGCCGGCACCACCACACACACACACACACACACACCCCACCCAUGCCGAAACCCCUAUACCUACCCGUCCAGCCUGACACCCCCUGCCAUCCCCAAAGACCCCCGUCCUCCUCCCCUCCCCGCCCACUAGCAAGCAACCUGUUCCCCUAUCCUGAUAACUUUGGUCCCCAUGUCUACGGGGGCUGAGGUAGGAUAGGACUGUUUCAACCGGGGUGGGGGGUGGGGUGCCAGGGAUUGGUGGGAGGUAUCCCACACUCUUUCUUUCUUUUCUUUCCUUUCCCUCUCCCUGUCGUUUCUGUUUUCCUUCACUUCUUUCUGUCUGUUAUGUGGGACCAAGUGUUUAUUUUUUCUUCUUUUGUUUUCUUCCGUUCGUUCAUUUGGUUUGUUUGAUUGUUUAUUUUUUUUUGAGAGAUACUUUUAUUUUUCCGAGAGUCCCCUUUGGGCUGAAGGAGCCCUACAGUGUGGGUGGAGAGGAGAUGAACUUUGAACUUUUGAACUUUUGUGAAUGAACUUGUGUGACAGGUGCUCCACCCACGGACGAGGGCAAAAAAAAACCUAAAAGGUGAACUUUUAACCUUUGACCUUUUGCUUUUAUUUCUCUUUUUGGAGGAAAAAAAAGACAAAAACACAACUUUGAAAAGAAAAAAAGAAACAAAACUUUUUAAAAGUUACGUGAGUUUUAAAAUAAUAAUAAUAAUCAAAGAACCCCCUCCCCCCCUUUUCAAAAAACCUGCCGUGACCAGGCCUAUAACUGGCAGGUUUCGCACUGUUUUCUGAGGAGAAAACGUUAAAAAAACAUCCUUUUUCUGAUCUCUUUUCCCUUUGAAGUCUUUAUCCCUUAAACCAAUCAGUAAAUUUGUGAAUGGAGAAAUAAAGAGAGAGAGAGUGAGAGAGAGAGACAGAUUGUGAAAGAAGAAGAUACCCAAGUCUGUGGUAUAUUUGGGAGAGUCAGGAAUGGCACUUACUGUACUUCCUGUGCAUUUUUGGCAAACCGGAGUUGAACAGGAAGAAGGAGGAAUGGACAGAUGUAAGGAUGAGAGGAGGAGGAGGAGGAGUGCCGACAGGUGCAAUGAACAGCAGGGCUGUGUCAGUGGACGAGGAGGAAGAAGAAUAGGCAAUGAAGAAGAACGAAGGAGAAGAGGAAACGAGUUUGCCUGACCUUUCUGCCAGCUGUUCGUCAACUACUCAUCCGUGCACCUGUCAGGAGUUUUUGCACUAAUGCAGUGGUCGUCUCCCUUACUUUGAAUGAACGUUCCCACAGCACUACCCAACUCUAGACAACCAAACGCAGCAGAUCCUGGCCUCCGCGUCUCCCACGCUCCCCUAGGAGCAUGGACAUGUCUGGAGAGGAUAGAAAAAAGAACACCAACGAGAGAGAAUGGCAGGGGAAGACACACACACGCAUACACACACACACGCACCUCACCUCUUAAUAUAACGUAAUGUAGUAACAUCUUCUGUCAAACAGAAGUUCACCCCUACUUAUUCACACACGCUCACACUAAUGUAUGGUGUGUGGACAACCCAAUUGCAGUAUUAACCCCAAACACACACACACACACACACACACACACACACACACACACACACACACACACACACACACACACACACACACACACACACACACACACAGACUCAACAUCGCACGACACAUCUUCCUACACAACCGUUUCACCUGCCUCCAUUCUGUCUCCCCUCAAGACAAGAGACUUCCUGGUGUGUGUGCUGUGUAUCAGACACCUGAACCCCAGGCAAGAGGCACAGGAGGCCACUGUGGAGCUAUGGCCACUGAACGCCAGUCGGGCAGCAAAAAGCAACAUGGAGCACUUGCACCCUCGCCUGUGUGUGUGUGUGUACGUGUGUUUUGUGUGUGUGUGUGUGUGUGUGUGUGUGUGUGCGCGCGUGCGUGUGUUUUCACACAUCUCUAUGGCGAGCAGUGAACGGACAGACAGGCCUUGUGAUGCCACUGCCACCACUUUGUCAACAACAAUCAAGUUAGUGGAGAAAAGAGGGAGACAAGGACAAGGAAAAGACAGAUACAGAUAAUAAAAGAAAACGAGUGUGUGAGCGAAGGCACUUUCAAAACCUGGAAACUUUCAAAACCACCCCUACCACCUUGCGCCGCCGUCUGUCUAUGUCUCUCGCCCACUCUCUCACUCUUUUAAUCUGCGGGUUCUCCACACCUGAAAGAUGGCAAUCAAUCUCUUUUCCCCUCUGAAAGAGGAGUGGCACUCGAUAGGUGUGGGUAUGUGAUACUCACACCUGGAAAUAAUAAUGACAAAGAGACACAAAGAAGGAGAACACAGGUCUGGCCAGCUGGUCAGAUCUCACGUUCCGGAGGAGAAUUUAUAUAUAUAUAUAUACAACCCCCCCCCUCUUUCUGUCCCCCACCCUCUAUCUUUCCCUGUUUCUCUCCCUCCCUCUUUCCCUCUGUGCGAAACAGCAGGGGUUAUGAUGCUGACCUCAAGAGUCUCAACUUCAUGCGAAAGAGAAAGAGAGAUGAACGGUGAAUUGAAAAUGAAAUGAAAACAAAACUACUCCCACACACAAAUUUGAAAAGACUCCAGAACAAAAAAAAGUUGUUGAGAGCAUUUAAAAAAAAAGAAACUCAGUGUUUUUGUUUGUUUGUUUUUUGAUGCUUAACUGCUCUGUGUAGAAGAGACAAAAGAACAGCGAUAGUCACCUUUUUUUGACCAUGCGUGCAGUGUAACCAAGAGAAAAUGACAAAAAAAAUUACUUCACCUCUCUCUCACACACAUUCACCUUAAGUUUCUAUUGAAAAAAGCCAACUGCUCUGUUGUCUGUGUAGCUGUUAUAUUGUCCGUCCUUUUAUCAAGAGGAAUUUACAAAAACAAAACAGAAAUAACAGGAAUUUUCCUUUUUUAACAUUUUUUGUUUUCCUUUUUUUAAUCAAAGACUUUGAAUAAACAUACAUAGUGUACACACACACACACACACACACACACACACACACACACACACACACACACACACACACACACACACACACAGGAAAACACGUAAUGCAACAGAAAACUGAAAUAUGUUAAACAAACAAAAAAAGAACUGAAAAAAAAACUUAUCAUACCUCACACAACACAAAACUCUAAAGAAUCUCGGUGCGAGUGCAGAACUGCUGGCACUUGUUAAAAAGUGUGUCAAAUACAUGCAUGUAUAAGAGAUGUACAUUGAGAUAAAUAUGUGCUUUGGUGCGUGUACGCAUGUGCAGACAUUACAGAAGCACUCACCUCCUCACUCCACUCUCCAGACCCCCCACCCACCCCAAAAUCCUCUCCCCACAAAAAUGUACCCCUUUUCCCCUGCACCACGUUUGUGCCCUCUCCCACCCCCCUCUCCUCUUCACCUUGAUGGCAGCACUAGCCAUACGUGUAUGGAGGUUAGAUGCACACAAGGCGUUUGAUUUACUGAAGGACUUUGGCAACAACUUCAGGAUUCAUGGGGUCACAACCUCUUUGUUUGGCCCUUAGUGUCCAAUGGUAUUUGUCUGAGACCUUACGAUUGAACCCAGUGUGUGUGUGCGUGUGCGUGUGUGUGGGUUAAAAGCUGGACUGGGGAGAGGAGAGGAGUGUUUUUGUAGUAGUUGGAGCGCCUCAUGGUAUUGAAUGUAGCUGACAGGACUGGGCCCAAAAACUGAGCCCGGCAAAAAACAGAACCCGAACCUCACUUCAGGUCACCAGCAGAGUGGACUGUGCUGUCAACAACAACAACAAAAAAAACAAUGACGUUACACACAACAAACUGAGAAUAUUGCCCACCUGCAAGGUGCAAUACGUUGUUCUAUUUUUUUUUCUUGUUGAUGUUGUUGUUGAUGUUGUUCUUUUUUGUACCUUUUGGUUUGUUGUUUUUUUGUUUGUUUGUUUUAUUUUUUUUCUGUUUUGGAUUUUUUUUCUGCCCAUAACCAAGGAUGUAAAUACGAAAUAAGACAGAAAAAAAAGAUUAAAUCAGUAUAUGUAAAUCAUAUGCAACACACACAAACACACACAUGCAUACUGGAUGUUUGAGGCAAGGAUACAAGACCCUGUAUCAGCGAACUUCCACCAUCUUGUAAAGUUUUCAAGAAAAAAAGAGAAAUUGCAUAUGUAGCUAUGUUAAUGCUUCAUACAUCUUUAUGUGUCCUUGUGUGCACUCGCAAAACUGCGCAUGUUGAUCCAUGUUAUGGACAAGUGCCCCAUGAAGUUAACUGUCCAAACCCUGUGCCUCCUAUUCUUCAACAAGAGAUAAUUCACAUACACACACGCAUGCACACGUACACACACACUGACACAUGCAUACAUACAGCACACAGACUCACACACAAUCACACCUGGCCUCUCUUUGUCACACACAGACACACAUACACACAGGUGAUCUUUCUCUGUCACAAACACACACAUGCAUACACACAGUAGUUCCCUUCUGACCCCUUACAGGAAUGCUUAGAAGAUGAACUGAACUGCCAUAACAAGGGGCUGUAUGACUGUCUGGUCGAUGAAUCUGUGGCCUAAGCGGAAGGUCGCUGUUAGAUUUGGGGAGGGUGCUUUAUGGGUGUGGGUGGGUCUGGAGGAAUUGUGCCGAGCCUAAAAAAAUAAACUCAUGCAGUCAGGAUAACCCUCCUCCACAUGACAGACAGAAAGGCGCCCUGUCCCUCUGCCUGGCUACUGCCAAUAAUAUGUUAUAUCUGGGAUAACACACACUUACAUGUACACAGUCACAGAGACACUUACUUCACACGUGUGCAGAAACAUACACACACACACUAAAGGCAUCUUUCAACAUCUGCUAAGGUCUACCCUCAGUAACACACACACACAUCUAUUCAGUUUUCGGAGCAGGGAGGACAUAUCUGUUUUUCUCUCUCUUUCACUUUUCAGUUCCUGACUUGGAUUUCGUGUUUCUUUUUCUUCCCUUUCACGCCAAAUGUACGUAGAAGAAUACUUGUCAUGAUUUUUUUUUUCACAAAAUGAAACAUAACAAACAAAAACAUGCUCAAUGCCAGUAGCAAGCUGUCUAUGCAAUGCCCUUCCACCUCUUCGCCUCUUCCCUGUUGCUUUGAUUCUCGUGAGAUAGGAAGGAGGCCUCCUACGUCAUAGCAUACAAAUCCAGAAGCAUCCCCCACCCUAGCCAGCUCCAGUCAAGCUAUUAGAUGUAAAUACUGGAUGUCGCGUUCAGCCUUUUUUUUUACAUGGCCUAACCCCUUGGAGCCAUUGUGUUGGUCACCGUCACCAGCAGGAUACUGUGUGUAUCUCCUUGUCACCAAUUGAUGAUAGUGUCAUACCGGAUAAAUAUAGCCGCAAUCUGAUUCGAGCCAUUUGUUCCGAUACAAAGAAGUGGUCAUCAUGGCAUCUAUUGUUUAUAUCUAUGGAGCUAUUAGUCCACAACUCCCCAGUACCUAGCAACACCGCAGCCACCCCCCACCCCACCCCAAGUCCCUGGGAGUGAUGGACUCAGUUGCGAUGCCGACCCCAGCUCUUGGACUGAGGUCCAGAGCCAGUAUGGUCGAAGAGAGGUUGAAGGGCACUGUUUCUUUUUCCAAGAACAGAUUAUCUGUUAUAUGACUUUGUGUUGUGUGUGUAUAUGUUUGUGUGGGUGUGUGUGCGAGCACGCACUCAUGCAUGCAAAGAGGGCGCAGGUGUUUUGUUAGGUGUGUGGUGACAUGCACACUCAAAAAAGGAAAAAAAAAAGAAAUACCCUGGUGUCGGGCACCUCUGCUCCUGUGGUAGUACACUCCGUAUGUGUUUUGAGUGAUGUCAUCUGUUGUGUUAAGACGUCUCGCUGGGGGGAAAGCAUUUGUGAGAUGGAUGUUUCGGUCACGGUGUCAUACCAGACAGAAACAGAAACAAAACACGCAAAAAGACAUCGUCCCUGCCCUAGUGGUUCCGGGUGUCUUACAAAAUACAGCGAUGCAAGAGUUCUGUUUUAGGAGGAGAAGAAUUAUAGUUGACAACCAUUCUGUCUUUCUGAAAGACAACAUUUUUGGCUCCUAGAGCUUGUAAAUAAUAUGUCUAACUGCGGACAAGUGAAUGUAAUGCUUAUCGGUGAUCGAUCGAAGAGAGUGACUUUUUUCAGGAGAAAUGUGCAAUGACUGCAGGUAAUGUCUGCAGAAUUUGUAUUUAGGGUGCUUUCGCUCCACUGGAUUGAUUUUCUUGGUCCACACCACCAAGGUAGUGAAAUUGUUACUGUGUAGCAUACUGACUGGCCUGUGAUCCAGGUUCAGAUCAGUAAAAUGCCCCAAAAUGUGUUCAGUUGUGUGUCAUCAAUAUUUUAUUAAGCCUUUCACCUGUUUGGUGAGUGGAGUCUGUCUGCUUGACGUGCACACCCACUGAUAUUUUCAACGAAAUGAAUUCAACGAAGUUCAAUGAAUACCAGACCUAAAUAUGAGCUUUAGGACUGUUUUGUGGGCAGCAACAGCUGUUGGUGUGAAAGCACCCUAAGUAGACCUGAAUGCACUGUUCAGAGAGCCAUUGACCCUCAGCUCACCCCCCAAAAAAACCUCUUGAGAUUAAAAAUGCCCUGACUUUUAUGCACUUGCAACCUCCUAAAUUGGUCGCCACUAUGGUACUUAUACCCAAUCAAAGCUCUCCAGGGUCUUUUUAUGUCAAUUUUCGACACAUAAAUAUGUGGAAAUUAAGCUACCCCCCCCCCCCCCCCC